UAAAAAUACACCGGAAACCGAAAGUCGGUGGGUCUCGUGUGUGACUUCAAAUCGGGAAUUUCCGAUUUCCCCGAACACAUUUUCCUGUAUUUCUGAGAAAGAAAGCAAAGGACAAAAUGCUGUAAUGGUUCGUCGAUCUACAGGUAAACGGAUUUUGUCCUGACUGUUAAAGAGCCAGUCGUCAACACAAUGCAGACGUCCACAUCUGGUCAUGUCUCGUGGCCUACCAAUGGAGUGGUCCAUCGGUCCACGUUCCACAAAGACUUUCGACCUUCCCACGUGAUCAUCAGUGCUUGCAAACAGUCGUCUGCGAGAGUCAUGGUCGUUGUUCUUGUAGUCUUCACGUUCCUGGCCCUCAACGUGCUCAGCGUGGUCCUUCCCUCCAUGUUAACCUCCAGGUGCCGGGGGUCGCACGUGUCUGGACUGGAACAGGGGGAGGUGGUGGCGCCACUGUGUAUGCCAUGUGAGGACAGGAUGACCUCAGGGGUUGUGACGUUCGAUGAUGCUGAUAACGGGGGAAAGGUGUGCUGCCCGACAAGCUACUUCGCUCUGGUCGACAUGAUUGAUGAGCUCUACAGUGACGUACUGAGGGAGAAACUUUCAGAAAAACGAGACGAGUCAGACAAUGAGUGGACCUUCUCUGAGACGACGGAGGAAUCAGGGGACGUCAGCGGGCUCAUGUUUACAACCAACUCCAGGAAGCCACUGGGGCAUGUCACUGGACUUCAAGCAGUGAGCAGCACAGGCGACAGAAAGGCGGGCGAUGCCUUAGUGCUAGCAGUCAGCAACUCCCCCAGCAGUGAACCAUACAGGACUGUCACUGUGGGCGACAUCAAAAGACUCACCUGGGGCCUGGAGGCUUCUGUCAACGGAACCUACAGGGUCCACUCGUCGGUGAACUUCUUCUUCCAGCACAACAGAUCUCUAACGGACAGCCAGGCAGUGACGGCCAUGCCAGUCAUCCACCAACUGAGCCGUUAUGACGUCAUGAAUAAGCAGGAGACAACUCUGGCUAAAAGGAAUCAAACUGUCAGCAGCAGACACUGCGAUGGACUCUCCUCCUUCUUGAUGACGUCAGCAAGGCUGAACGCUGGUGACGUCAUCUUUGUACAGGUGUCCCACCCGCAGGCGUUAGUAAGUCUGGAUCGCUGGCAUACACAAGACUUGCUCCUGCUUCACUAGCCUGCCAACACCUGGCGCCACCUGGAGGACUCAACUUGUGUACAGUAGUUGUCUCCCUUGUCAAACGCCUGCCAGGUGUUUCCACAGGAAAUAGAAAAACACAAACGCCACCUGGAAAAUACUACAGUUUGAGUGUCUUGUCUGGUGCUGAAAACAUUUCUUGACUGACCGUUAAGUUAUUAACUUUGUUUAUUAAUGUUUUUGUUCCUGAAAACAUACCUAAUAAAUAAAUUAACCAGC